UAUGAUUAGGAUUUGUGGUUUGUAGACUGAUGGAAGAAUCCCAAGACAAAGCGUCAGAGGUGGUAAGUAGCUUUGCAGUCAGGCAGCUUAAUACUCGAAUCGACAAGAUAACUAAUCUAUUGUGAUGAAUAAUAACUAAUAUUUUUUGUUGUUUAUUUUUCGAUAGCCCUUCUCCGGGCCGACGGCCAGUAGCUGGAGAGGUAUCAACGUGUACAGCAUGAACAAGAUGAAGCCACUUCGGUUUCCAAGCGCAAGUAUAUCGCAGGCACUUCAGAAAGUUUGAGGUCAAUCGGUGUGAGAACCAGAAGAAUGGAGUCCCAAAAUCCGCCAAAGCAGAAUAAAGAUGAAGCCACUUCGGUUUCCAUGCUCAAUAAUAUCCCAGGCUCUUCGAAAAGUUUGAGGUCAACCGGUGUGAGAACCAGAAGAAUGGAGUCCCAAAGUCCGCCAAAGCAGAAUACAGAUGAAGCCACUUCGGUUUCCAUGCUCAAUAAUAUCCCAGGCUCUUCGAAAAGGUCAACCAAAAGCCCGUCAAGGCAAUGCUGCCCUUGUGAUGAUAACUUGAACCCAAAAGUUGAAAAACGUUGGAUGGAAGUUAAAAAUCAAUACUUGUGUUCGAAAUGCGGCGCUAUUCCACCGGCUAGAUCCCACACACCAAUCGGCAACGACAGCUUGCCACAAUCAGCCUUAAAUUCAAGUCAAUUAGUAAAUCUUACCGAUGAGGAUGAAGACAUCGAGCAUGAUAAAAAUGAAUUUACAGAACGUGGAGUAGAUUCCCCUAAAAUAACAGGAUCUCCACAAUUGAAACCCUUCCCCGGGCCGACGGCCAGGAAGAAGCUGGAGAGGAUCAACGUGUACAGCAUGAACAAGAUGAUGCCACUUCGGUUUCCAAGCGCAAGUAUAUCGCAGGCUCUUCAGAAAGUUUGAGAUCAACCGGUGUGAGAACCAGAAGAAUGGAGUCCCAAAGUCCGCCAAAGAAGAAUGAAGAUGAAGCCACUUCGAUUAACAAGCCCAAUGAUAUCCCAGGCUCUUCGAAAAGGUCAACCAAAAGCCCGCCAAAGCAGUGCUGCCCUUGUGAUGAUAACUUAAACCCAGAAGUUGAAAAACGUUGGAUCAAAGAUAAAAAUCAAUACUUGUGUUCGAAAUGCGGCGCUAUUCCACCGGUCAGAUCCCACACACCAACCGGCAACGACAGCUUGCCACAAUCAGCCUUAAAUUCAAGCCAAUUAGCAAUCGAGCAUGAUAAAAAUGAAUUUACGGAACGUGAAGCAGAUUCCUCCAAAAUAACAGGAUCUCCACAAUUGAAGCCCUUCCCCGGGCCGACGGCCAGGAAGAAGCUGGAGAGGUAUCAACGUGUACAGCAUGAACAAGAUGAAGCCACUUCGGUUUCCAAGCGCAAGUAUAUCGCAUGCUCUUCAGAAAGGUCAACCGGCGUGAGAACCAGAAGAAUGGAGUCCCAAACUCCGCCAAAGCAGAAUGAAGAUGAAGCCACUUCGAUUACCAAGCCCAAUGAUAUCCCAGGCUCUUCGAAAAGGUCAACCAAAAGCCCGCCAAAGCAAUGCUGCCCUUGUGAUGAUAACUUGAACCCAAAUGUUGAAAAACGUUGGAUGGAAGUUAAAAAUCAAUACUUGUGUUCGAAAUGCGGCGCUAUUCCACCGGCCAGAUCCCACACACCAACCGGCAACGACAGCUUGCCACAAUCAGCCUUAAAUUCAAGUCAACUAGCAAAUCUUACCGAUGAGGAUGAAGACAUCGAGCAUGAUAAAAAUGAAUUUACGGAACGUGAAGCAGAUUCCUCCAAAAUAACAGGAUCUCCACAAUUGAAGGCGAUUCCGCAGGUGAAAAAAGAUGUGACCCACAAAAACAGCAAUCUCUGGGUAUACUUUGGAAUCCCCUUGGUGAUUGUAAUUGUUGCCAUUGGGGCAUAUUAUGCCAUUGGGGCAUGGUAUGGCUCAAAUUCCCUCAAGCAAACAGGAUCCAGUUGCGAAAAUUUUCUCCAACUUCGCUCCAAGUAUCCCAAGAUGGACGACGGGUUGUGGUCCACUUUGAUCGUGGGCGUCAAUCUAUCCCUCAACCAGGACCCGGGCGAGCCGGCCACUUUCAUCUUCUUGUACAAUUCCUCCAGCGUGGGUGAAAUGCUCCUAGACGACGUCACUCGCAUUGCCAUCGAUUGUUUCGGCAGCAAGGGAGCCAUCUGGCGCACGAGCAACGACUUCAAAUCAACCGAAAUCGCCGAGGACUACGGAAACGUCCUAGAUCGGCACCGGGAAGAGCUGAAAUCGAAAAAGAUCCUUGUGGUGCGGGAUCUAGACCAAGUGCCCCCAACGGCGGCCAAGAUAUUCUUCACCAUUUGCGACACGUACGAGCCGUUGGUCCACAAGGCGAUGAUAUUCUUCACCAUUGAUAUCUCCCGGCAGCCGGAGCAGGUUGUCGAGCAGGAUCGCAGUGCCACCUCGAUCGCCGAGGACAUUUUGAAGGGCUUGUGGCGCAAGGAGCUGCAACCGAACACGCUGAAUCCGCUGGUGGUGCGACUGACGGAAAACGUUUUCCGGAUUGACUGAUAACUAUGGUAUAAUACUAGUAGCAUGCAGCUGAAAGCUGAGCAUGCCCUAGCGUAGAGUGUAAGAAAAUCUUGUUUAACGUGACAUGAAUUCACUAUAUAUUUUAUACUUUUCUAUUAUCA